GCGCAUGCGCAAUGAGAUGAAUGGCCGCUGCACCUGACGGGCCACCAGGAAGUGUGGCGGACAAAUCCUCGGCCGUUAAUCCGCUCGGUACCGACAGGAGGGGAACUUAGAGAGACCGACAGACCGUCUCUGAUCCGGGUCCGGGUCCGGGAUCUGUGCAUGAGGCAGAGCGCGAGGAGCUGUCUGAGUCCUCCUCCUGCCGGGCUCCAGACCCCCCCAGCCCAGUGAGGCUCCGUGAGGCUCCGUGAGGUCCGGGCUCGGUCCCCCUGACUGCGAUGGGAUGCUGCGGUAGCACGGAGAGGACAAAGAGAGAAUGGAGACCGCUGGAGGACCGGAGCUGCACAGACCUGCCCUGGUUCCUGCUCUUCACCGUCUUCUGCGUCGGCAUGGGCAGUAUUUGCGGAUUCACCAUCGCCACUGGUGGCGCUGCUCGCCUGGUUUACGGAUAUGACAGCUACGGCAACACGUGUGGUCAACGCAACGAGCAGAUCGAAGGCGUCCAGCUCAGCGGACUCGACCACACCGACAGGAAGUACGUCUUCUUCUUGGACCCGUGUAACAUCGACAUCGUUCAGAGGAAGAUCAAGUCGCUCGCUCUCUGCGUGUCCAUGUGCCCGCCAGAGCACAUGAACACCUACCAGGACCUGAAGAGGUUCGCCAUGAUCAACGGUUCCGAGCUGUGUUCCUACGAGUUAGCGGGUCAUAAAUAUCCCGGUCUACCUGAGCGGUUCUCAAAAUGUCCCAAACUUCCUGUCCCACCCAGUAAGCCUCUGCCGGUGUUUAACCGCUGCACGCCCCUGGAUGUUUCGUGUUAUGCGAAGUUCGCAGAGGCCGUGGUGACGUUUGUUGGGGACAGCAGCGUCCUACACCGUCUGAUCGCCGGCGUCGCGGCGAGUAAAGAGAUCAUCAUCGGGCUGUGUGUGCUCGCUCUGGUCCUCUCUAUGAUCCUCAUGGUGAUCAUCCGGUACAUCUCAGCCGUCUUGGUCUGGAUCCUCACCGCGCUGGUCGUCCUAGGAUCCCUCGCGGGGACCAGCGUCCUCUGGUGGCUCUACAUCGAUCACCGGCUGUACGGGAACGACACCUCCUCUAAGAUCGUGAAGGAGGUGAAGGAGGAGGAGGAGGUCAUCAAGGACAGCGGGCAGGCGCUGCUUGUCUACGCCGCCGCCGCCACGGUCUUCACUAUCAUCCUGCUCCUGCUGAUGCUGUUCAUGAGGAAGCGCGUCGCUCUCACCAUCGCUCUGUUCCACGUGGCGGGGAAAGUCUUCAUCCACCUCCCACUCCUCACCCUGCAGCCCUUCGUCACCUUCCUGGCCCUCCUGCUCUUCUGGAUCUACUGGGUCCUGGUCCUGCUCUUCCUGGGAACCACAGGUAACCCGGUCCAGAACGAGGAGACGGGUCUGACGGAGUUCAGACUGACGGGUCCUCUGCAGUACCUGACCUGGUACCACGCUGUGGGUCUCAUCUGGAUCUCAGAGUUCAUCCUGGCCUGCCAGCAGAUGACCGUGGCGGGCGCCGUGGUCACCUACUACUUCACCAGGGACAAGAACCGGCUCCCAGUGACCCCCAUCCUGUCCUCAGUCCUGAGGCUGGUCCGGUACCACCUUGGCACCGUGGCCAAAGGAUCCUUCAUCAUCACGCUCGUGAAUCCCCGACUCAUCCUCAUGUACAUCCACAACCAGCUGAAAGGAAAGGAGAAUGCGUGUGCUCGCUGUCUGCUGAAAACUUGUAUCUGCUGUCUGUGGUGUUUGGAGAAGUGCCUCAACUAUCUCAAUCAGAAUGCAUAUGCAGCCACAGCCAUCAACAGCACCAGUUUCUGCACGUCUGCUCGUGACGCCUUCGUCAUCCUAGUGGAGAACGCUCUGCGCGUCGCUACAAUCAACGCCAUCGGAGACUUUGUGCUCUUCCUGGGGAAGAUCCUGAUCGUGACGUCGACGGCGUUCGCUGGCGUCCUCCUCUUGAACUACCAGCGGGAUUACGCAGAGUGGCUGCUGCCUCUGAUCAUCGUGUGUCUGUUCUCCUUCCUGGUGGCUCACUGCUUCCUGUCCAUCUUUGAGAUCGUGGUGGACGUCCUCUUCCUGUGCUUCGCCAUUGACACCAAGUACAACGACGGCACUCCAGGGAAAGAGUUCUUCAUGGACAAAGCUCUGAUGGAGUUUGUAGAAAGCAGCCGGCGGUUGGAGCGAGCGGUGGAGCGUGGGCGGAGCCGGGUGAAGGAGGUGGUGUCUGAGGGGGCGGAGAUGAAGCCCAUGGUGAGUGACAGCCGAGACGAAGGGGACGCGGCCAAGCAGAAGAGCUCUUCAGAGGAUGAGGGGGUGGGGCUGGACGGGGGUGGAGGAGAGUGGGAGGAGCUUCAGGAGUUCCAGGUGUACUACCUGCUGGUGGGGGUGCUGGUGGACUGGGUGCUGACAGAGCAGAGCGACUUUAUCCUUUGUUUCAGCGAAGACGUAGUCCUCUUCCUCUGCGUCUACCUGCCCACCUCCACCCUCUUCCUGUUUGUCAGCAUGCUGCACACGCCAAGCCCCGCCCCCUCCAUCGCCAAAGCAGCCUCUGUUGCCGCCAAGAGAUAACACACGUGCUAACAGACAUGCUAACAGACGUGCUAACUCCUUUGCCAUAAACUGCAUGCUAACGGACACAAGCUAACUGCUGCAUGCUAACAGACUGAUCUCAGCUACGUGAUUGUAAGGACUGCAUGCUAACCUGCCUCUUCAUCAUCAUCAUCAUCUUCAUCUUCAUCGCUGCUUCUUCUUCAUCCUCCUUCCUGACUCUGUUCUUUGAUUUGGUUUUUAUAUUUUUGUAUCAGUGUGUGUGUGUGUGUGUGUGUGUGUGUGUGUGUGUGUGUGUGUGUGUGUGUGUGUGUGCGUGGCCUUAUGAUGUCACCGCGGUGCUUUCAGGACUCUGCAGACGAUGCAGCUCUUCUUCUGUUUACAUGAGAGACGCUGACUCUGCUCCUCUGAGCGUGUCAGGGAUCAGAGACAGGAAGUCCCUUUUAAGGUCACGAUAAUAAAAUCUGAACUUCCUGUACUGACUUGUGUUAAAGGGUCGUGUCACACAGAGCAGACCUCUGUCGGUCUAACACAUUCACACCUGAAGUAGGUCACAACCGGUCUGAUCAUGGGAUCAGGACGAUCGCAGGUGGUCCCACCUGUGAGUAAGGCCUCUCACCUGUGAUCCCUGAGACCACAUGAUGACACCAGGUGUCUCUGUCCACCUGUCCUCUCUCAGAUGUUUGACUUUAUUCAUGGAAACCUGCAGGUUUGAAACGUUUCAACGUGUUCACAAUAAACAUCACGUUUCACCUUCA